GUUAAACAUAACUGCUCCAAUCACUGCAUAUCAUAUGCAAUUAAAUCCGUGGGAUUAUACAGAUAAGCUCACUCAAUGAAGGCUUAAUAUUCUACUUCAAAAAGAAGAGCAGAUAUCCUCAUCAUUUUUGGCUUCUACUUUACACAUAACUGGCAAGAAGGCAAAGCAAUCUUUCUACAAAUGAAUGUGAAGGGAAUCAUGGAUGCUAAUGGGGCAGGAAACACCAAUUGGGUUGUUAAGGAAGAUGUCAAUGAUUAUGUCAGCGAUUCAAUAUCCAUUGGAUCUAUCUCAGAAGAUUCAAUGAAUUCUGUGUGUUCAUCUUCUUCAUCAGAAUUGACUGAGGAGGUAUCCUCUUCAACAUCUUAUUUGUCAAUCUCAUCUUCAUCAACACACUCAAACGGCCCUUUAUAUGAACUAUCAGAGCUCAUGAACCAUCUCCCUCUAAAGAGAGGCUUGUCUAUGUUUUAUCAAGGGAAGGCUCAAUCUUUCAGCUCUUUAGCUAGGGUGCAGAGUAUAGAAGAUCUUCCUAAGAAAGAGAGACCUUACAGGAAGAAAAUGAAAUCAUGCAAAAGCUACGGUGGAGGCUUGGAUAGCCACAGAAUGUUAUUCCCUCCAAAGGCUACAAUAUCAAAGAAAGCUUCAAGAGGUCCUUUUGUGUCUGUACUAACUAAAAGAGGGAGUUUCCUUGGAGGGUCUAGACCUUCUCUUGCUGUACACAAGAACUUUUGAAAUCCAACCUUGUUAGAGCUUGUUUAUUUCAAUGCACAAAAUGAGGAAAAUUUUGAAUCCCUCAUCUUUAGCUUCUGAGAUAAAGUCAUAUUAUUAAUUAAGCACAAUACAUAUGAUUCAUUAGUAUCAUUUCAACUUUGUUUCCAAAAUUCAAGGUGAUAGGAUUAUGACCUGUGUUUCAUUAUUACCUGUAUAUGAUUGUUAAUUAGCACAUGUAUGCGAGGGAGUAUUAGGCAAUCAUGGUUCGUUAUAAUUGACAGACAAUUGGAAUAAUAUAUGAAGUACUUAAUUAGGUGGAAAAUUAGUUUAGCCCAUGAGCCCAUGAUCAGAUCAGGCAAGUAUAUAUAAAAGAAUUAUUUGAGCUUACACAUAAGAAUCAAUAUAUUCAAGGUUUUAUAAUUAUUUG